GAAUAAAAAACUUCUAGUAGCCACAGUCUAGGACGUGUGACUGGCUAAUUAAAGUACAUAGGAACCAGUAAAAGAGGCCUCCCCUUCCAGUUUCUGUUUGGAGUGAUAACUUACCUUUUAGGAAACUUGGAAACAUUCUUUAAUUAGCAAAUGAUUGUUUCUAUAGAGAAAAUCUUUUCCCUGAAGUUAGUCUAAGUUUAUCCAUUAUGUUUGUGCAGAUGCUUAUUUUUAGAACCUUUUGAGCAAUAAUCCAUAGGAAAAGAUUUUUAAAAUGUUCUAUUGUAAUUAAAAACAAGAUUGAACACAUGAGAUAUUUCAUAAGUUGGAGGGACUCGGUUGCAUUCUUGAAAUGUUAAAUAAUGUGGUGAACUCAGGUAACAGGAGAUCCUGGGAAGAUGGUAGCUGUGCAAAGAAAUUUAAGCAAGUUUGGGAUCAAAGAAAUUGCUAGAACUGGAAAGAUUGCCCUUAGAAGGGAAAAAAUGGGCGCAUCCGCUCCAUUCUGGCGAUUUUCAGCAGCUUCAUAUCCCGAUCUUCAAGAAACAGUACCAAGUAACGCUCUUGCACGGGCCACAGAUAGAUCAGUAGUUAGUGACACUGAUGCUUCUGGAGGGUUUCUUUGUAUUUGGAAGAUGCUGUGCCAAAGAUUAGCCCAAUGGAGACUAUCCAUCCAUCAUGCUUUUGUGACUGUAAGUUCUAAACAUGGGUAUAAAUUCAAACUAGGGCUUGUAGAUUGCACCCUAUAGGAUUCUUACAGAAAGAUGUCUCUUUAUUUCUGGUUAGUAAAAGUAGUGAGCUGGUUAUGUACAUUAUGAAAGCCUUUUGUUUUUCAUUCAUGAUCCCAUGGAUUGAAAUAAUUAAGGAUUGAUGUCUUUGUUCUGUAUGAUAAGUCUUAAAACUAGACCAUAGUUCUAUAGUAUGUGUUUUGUUGGUUAUGUACACAAAAAAAACCUAUAGUUCAGGUGUUUUCAUCAGCCGUGUUUUCUCGAUGCUCAUUGGGGUGUUCUCAUUGCAGACAAUGUAAGAAUGCUUAUUUCUGGUCGAGUGUCUCCCCCCUCUCUCUAUAACACAUGCAUGCUU